UUUCCACAGCACACAAAUCCAGUCUGGAUCUAAACCACUUAGCAUUGCUCACAUUCCCACGAAUCGAGUUGACCAUGGCCACUCACCCAAAUUUCCAUGCUAUUCCAUUUACUGGGUCCGUGGAGAACACCGAGUUUAGGUUCAGUAGCUUGUACAUGCACCACAUUUAUUCCGGACCGAGCCCAAACCAAUCAAACAUCGUAGCUGCAGAUGCUACCACUGGGUGGGGCAAGACAACAGUUAACAAUUGGACAAUAUAUGAUGGGGUUGGCACCGACGCCAAGCUAGUGGCCCGUGCACAAGGGCUGCAUGUCUACGCUGGUAUUUGGCACAAUACCUUCACCAUUGUGUUCGAGAUUGAAGGGUUCAAGGAAAGCACGCUGCAGGUAAUGGGAGCAACUGUUCAGACAGGUGAGUGGUCUAUUGUCGGGGGAACUGGUGAGCUCGCGAUGGCCUCUGGUGUUGUAAACAAAAGGGUGCACGGGAAAACAGAUGGUGGAGACAUAAUCGAGCUUACCAUCCAUGGCUUCUGCCGCAAGCAGAUCGCUCCCACGAAGGCUGGUCCAUGGGGUGGCAAUGGUGGUUCUGUUGUUGAAUCUGAUAAACCCUGGAAGAUAGAGAGCAUCACCAUCCUGUAUCAAGGAGUAAUUGGUUCACUUGAAUAUUCUUACAUCAGCCAAAAUGGCAACAAGCGCACCGCAGGUCCUUGGGGUAGUAAGAAUCCCAACCGCGCCGAGAUUGUGCUGGGCCCUGGGGAGGUUGUGACAGCAGUGUCUGGAACAAUUACCAAACAUAAUAACCUCGAUGUCAUACAGACACUUAAGUUUGUCACCAACAAGAAAACACACGGACCUUAUGGAAAUACUGAUAAUGCAAAAGUUGGUACUCCUUUCAGCACUGUCGUACCAAAUGGCAAAACAAUUGUUGGCUUCUUUGGGCGUACUGAUAUGAGAUACCUGAACGCACUUGGUGUUUACGUGGCCUAGCCAGCUUGUCAAGAGGUUUCCCUCAAGCCAGAUGUGGGUUCAUUUCAGUACUGUUUGUUCAAGAAAAUAAGAUGGUCAGAGAUAUCCGGCCUGUUUUGAUGAUUAUUGUUCCCUGUAUGCAUCUGCGGGUGCUUUGUUGUAACCUGUUUUGUUUCUCUCAAUAAUAAGUUCCCUCAGGAAUCACUGUUAUGUAA